AUGGCGCCUCCCAUUGCCACACUAUGGAGAAAAUACAAGAUGGAGGUGGUGCUAGACACAGACAGAAAUGAGCUGAAUGCCCAAUACACUGAAAGUUACUCAGAGUCUGAGAAGCCAUGGGUCCAGACUAAGUUUUAUCAGCAUAUUUUAGCUUUAAUAUUUGCUGUAAAAGAGAUCAAUGAAAACCCUCAGAUCUUGCCCAACAUCACCUUGGGCUUCAAUAUUUUUGACAGCUAUGAUGGAACAUGGACUUAUCAUGCCACAAUGAAACUUUUUUCACCACUGAAGAGACUGAUCCCGAAUUAUAAAUGUGGCUUCCAGAACAACCUGGUCGCAGUCAUUGGAGCUCUUUAUUCUGAAACCUCUCUUUUCAUGGGAGAUAUCUUGAAAAUCUACAAAGUCCCACAGAUAAUAUAUGGGUCACAUCCAGCAAUGCCAGAUCAAAGUGAAUCAUUUUCCUUCUAUCAAAUGGUCCCUAAUGAAAGUUAUGAAUACAAAGGUUUGUGUCAUCUGCUUUUGCACUUUGGAUGGACCUGGGUUGGAAUUCUUGUAAAAGAAGAUGAUGAUGGAAGAUUUGUGAGAAUGACAUUUUCAAUGUUUUCUCUUCAUGGCAUUUGUAUUGCCUUCCUAAAAACGAUAAGACCGAUUUAUAUCAGCAGUUUUUCUGAAGAUCUAGAAUGGCUAGCAGAAACAUAUUAUCUUUCAAUGAACAGCAAAGCCAAAGCAGUGAUUGUCUAUGAAAGAACACUUCUACAUUUGAGGUUACUACUGCAGCUUCCUAAAAUGGAACUAGUCUCCUUAGAGCCUAAAGGUAAGGUAUGGAUCAUGGCCUCUCAGAUGGAUCUUGUGUCAGUGUUUUACCAAAGAAACUGGGAUAUUCAAGAUAUUCAUGGUUCCCUGUCCUUUUCAGUUCACUCCAAAGAAAUUCCUGGAUUUCAACACUUUGUUCAGACAAGGGACCAUUUCUCAUCAAAAGAAGAUGGCUUUAUCAAAGAUGUGUGGGUACAUGCAUUUGACUGUUCCUUUCCCAGAUCCUUGGAGAAUGACAAAGAUGGUGACAUUUGUACUCUGAGGGAGAAAUUGGAGGAUGUCCCGGGUGCCUUUUUUGAAAUGAGCAUGACAGGACACAGUUACAAUAUAUACAAUGCAGUUUAUGUUGUAGCUCAUGCUUUACAUGCUUUGCAGAUUGAACAAAAACAGGAAAGAAAUCUGUGCAGAGGAAAACUAAAUCUUCAGAUUCAACAUCCAUGGCAGCUCCACCGGUUUCUAAAAAGCAUUUCAUUUAAUAACACUGUGGGAGAUGAGAUUUUGUUUGAUCAGCAGAGGGAACUGAUAGUUGGAUUUGAUGUUAUAAAUUGGGUCACAUUCCCCAACCAGUCCUUCCGUCGAGUGAAAGUUGGGAAACUGAGUCCCUGGAUUUCAGAGGACCAAAAGCUCAUCAUUCAUGAUGAAGCCAUCGCCUGGCACAGAACUUUCAACCAAACAUUACCUAUUUCUCUAUGUACGAAGAGAUGCCUCGCUGGUAAUUUCAGGAGAAAGCAGGAGGGAAAACAAUUUUGCUGCUAUGAUUGUCUUCCAUGUGCUAAAGGAAAGAUGUCAAGCUUGAUUGAUAUGGAUGAUUGUUCUGAAUGUCCAGAAGACCAAUAUCCAAGCAAUGACCAAGAUUCAUGUAUUCCAAAGAGAAUAUCUUUCUUAUCCUAUGAAGAACCAAUGGGGAGAAGUCUACUUAUUCUGGCUCUCUUUUUUUCUUUUUGCACAAUAUUGGUGCUCUCAACGUUUUUGAAGUAUCACCAUACUCCCAUUGUCAAGGCCAACAAUAGAAACCUCACCUACAUUCUACUUGUCUCCCUCCUUCUCUGCUUUCUUUGCUCACUGCAAUUCCUUGUUGCACCAAAUCGUAUAAUAUGUCUCCUACGGCAAAUUAGCUUUGGCAUCAUUUUCUCAGUGGCUGUGUCUUCUGUGUUGGGAAAAACCAUCACUGUAGUUCUGGCUUUCAUGGCCACCAAGCCAGGAUCCAGGAUGAGGAAAUGGGUGGGAAAAGGCCUGACCACCUCCAUUGUUCUUUCUUGUUCCCUGAUUCAAGCAGGCAUCUGUAUGGUGUGGCUCUUUGCAUAUCCCCCUUUCCCUGAUGUUGAUAGCCAUUCAGAAACUGAGGAGAUGAUAAUGCAGUGCAAUGAAGGUUCAGCUACCAUGUUCUACUGUGUUCUUGGCUAUAUGGGCUUUCUUGCGGCUGCCAGUUUCACAGUAGCUUUUUUCUCAAGGAAACUUCCCAGUAGUUUCAAUGAAGCCAAAUGUGUUACGUUUAGCAUGCUGAUCUUCUGCAGUGUGUGGCUCUCUUUUGUUCCAUCCUACCUGAGCACCAAAGGCAAAUACAUGGUGGCUGUAGAGGUUUUCUCUAUUUUGGCUUCCAGUGCUGGAUUGUUGGGCUGCAUAUAUUUCCCCAAAUGUUACAUAAUUAUUCUUAAGCCAGAGCUAAACAACAGAGAACAACUUAUUAAGAGAAACUCUUAA